AUGAUCUUCCCCGUGGCCCUCAUUUCUGCCAUUUUCCUAAUUUCCGCCUCCUUGGGAUCGGAAGAAUCAUGCUACCUCUCCGAAGAGCAGGAAGAUCAAUGUGCAUCGGUUUGUUAUCCGAUCGUGAAGCCCUUACUUCGCUAUUUUGAGAAAACUAAUGAAAAGGAUGCCCAUCUCCUAAGGUGCAAGACAGACUAUUCGGAACUUCAGAAACGAUACUCGGAUUUGCAGAGCGAGGAUCUAAAACAAUAUGCCCAGAUAUCCAAAUGCCAAAAGGAUAAUUCGGAAUUGGUGAGAAGGUAUUCGGAUGUGGUGAGUCAACUUAAAGACAGUGAAGUUAAAUAUGUGCAGUUGCAUUCGAAGCAGCAGGAAGUUGACAAUCUAAUAAAUCAGAAAAAUACGGAAAUCGACCUCCUAAAAGAUCAAAUUAGGGAACUAAAAGAAAAAAGUGAACUUGCAACGUUGACUAAUCAGUUCCGAGAAGACAUUGCCAAGUUGGGAAAAAUAGUAAAGAACGGAGGAAUUCAUGAAAAUAAUCCAACAAAAUCGGAAGUCGAAACUGGGGAGGUCGCAACAACUCCAUUGCCUAAUAUUAAGAUUGAGACGACUCCGAAAAUAGAAACCAUAGAUAUUCCAAAUCCUUGCCCAGGAGGCCAAGAACUUCAAUUCGUCCACCGCGAAAUCCAACUACCAGGCUCAGACCCGUUUAAAGCGGUUUGUUAUUCAGAUUCGGAUAUUGGAUCUGGAUGGUUAUAUGUUUAUAAAAAAAUUUAUACUUCACAAACAUUUAAUCGCACGUAUGAGGAUUAUGAACGUGGAUUUGGUGAUAUAGGAACUGAGUUGGCAAAUGAGUUCUUUAUUGGACUCAAUCGAUUGCACCAUCUGACCAGUGGAAGUCAUGAAGUGCUUUUAGGGACCGUUUCAGGCAGUAGCAGAUGCACCAACUUUGUUGUGGGCGAUCGAAGCGAAGGGUACAGGGUGAAAAGUAAUGGUAGAUGUUUUGGAGACGGGUUAUGGAUGAGCCCUCUGCAAGAUUCAAAAUUUUCCACCUUCGAUCGAGAUGAGGAUGGAGUUUCUGAUCGUAAUUUGGCAAAGGAAUAUGGCUAUGGCUGGUGGUUCGAUCCUGGUAUGAGCUCUGCACCUUUUCAUCCCAUUUAUAUGUUCAUCCGAAGAACAGAUUGAAAAAAGCGAACAGAAUUUUAAAACGGACUUGGAAAAUGAAACAUUCUUAGAAAAUAAAGAUUGUAAAUAUGCAUUAAAAUGUAAUUAUUUUAAUAAGAUAAACUGUCCUCUUAUAUUUCUUGAAUUUUUAAUAAAAUUUCCAAUUUAA